GUGCUGCGGGGGCGGUGCGGGAGGCGGUGCCCUCGCUUCCGGAUCCGGUCUCAGCUCCGGGAGCGAGUGGGAGAUGCUGCAGGCUACGAGAGGGCGGGCCGGGGCCGCACUCCGGAGACUCGCAGUUGCUGCGCGCACCAUGGCUGGAGCGCCCACGGUCUCGCUCCCUGAACUCCGUUCACUCCUAGCCUCCGGCCGGGCCCGACUCUUCGACGUGCGCUCUCGGGAGGAGGCGGCAGCUGGGACCAUCCCAGGGGCGCUCAACAUCCCGGUGUCCGAGUUGGAGAGUGCUCUGCAGAUGGAGCCAGCUGCCUUCCAGGCUUUGUACUCUGCUGAGAAGCCAAAGCUGGAAGAUGAGCAUCUCGUUUUCUUCUGUCAGAUGGGCAAGCGGGGCCUCCAGGCCAUGCAACUGGCCCGGAGUCUUGGAUACACUGGGGCUCGCAACUAUGCUGGGGCCUAUAGAGAAUGGUUGGAGAAAGAGGGUUAGGCAGGAGGCGGCUUACUGAUUGCCACCCCCUGGCCCCUUAAUGGCCAUCUUAACUAAGGGUGUGAAGGGGCUGACUUGGUGAGUUGGGCAACUCCUUAUAGUGUUGUGCACACAAAAGCAUCAAAUAAAGAACAUUUAAUCAAA